AUGGUGAGUGGCAAGGCUCUCGAAGAUGGUGAUUGGAUAAUGUUUUCAGGGAGAUUCAAUACUCUCUACCUAGCAAGUAAAUCUAUGGGAGCAACAGCAGAAAAUAGGCCACAGCGUAUCCUGAUGCGUGAGGUUAAGUAUUUUAAGAAAUACAGUGUCAUGAGCAUGAUGUUCUAUGUCAGGAAAAACGAGAAUUGCCAGCUACACUCAGUUUGGGCUGAUAAAUUUUGGUGGAAGUAUUGCUCAAUAACAUCCCCAAGUGAUUUUGCUGUUGUGAUACAUUUUACCUCAAACACCACCAUCCUAUUCGAAGCAGAAUUUAUUAAUGAUGGGAAUUAUUUGCAGAAACUGUCAGGAGUUCUGGCAACUGGAACAAAUGUCACUAAAGAAAUGUGGGACGAAUAUCUGAAGCUAAAUGAGUACCUUAACAUUCCUACUGAAAAUAUUGAAAAUGUCUAUGAAACAG